AUGAAAAAAAUAAAAUUAAACAUAACGCGGGAAGAGCACAACUUACAGAGUAAUAUAUACUAUGUGUGCGAGAAGAAUAUACUAAUUUCACAGCUCAAUCUUACCAUCAGCUAUGACGAAAAUAAUAUGGACGAAGAUGAAAUUGUUGAGCACAGUAAAGAUACCAUCAAUAACAAUAGCAAUGUUAAAACGGCAAAACAACAAAAAUGGAUUAACAUAAAGAUAUCAUAUAGCGAUGAGCUAAAUAACUUAUACCUAAACAAUGUGAUAAAUAAUUUGUAUGAUUACAUUUUUGAAAGCAAAGGGAAUAAUUUUAGCAUAUAUAAGAACGACCGUUGGCAGAUUUUUAUAAAUAUUUACAUUUAUGAGUAUACGCCAUUUAUAUAUGACCAUAUUUGCAAUGUGAUUAAUGUGCACCUGUCUCUUUUGCUAAUCCCAUUUUGCUUCUACGACUUUGAUGAGAAAUGGUACAGGUGUGUUCAGAAUUAUGAGGAGUUGGGGCGGCUUUUGUCAGGCGGAAGUCCUUUAUGUGACCCUGAGGACAAAGGAGGAGAAGCCUCGACGGACAUCAUAAUUUUAGAUAGAAACGAACAAAACAAAAAAAUAAUAAUAAACCAACUGGAAAAUAACAAUUUUGAUUUGUUUGUUGAGAAAAAAAAAGGAGAGACCGCAGAAGGGCUGUUCAAAAGAGUGCUCAUAAAGUACAUCCCAUUUGUGCGAACAGCAAAUGUAGAUGACCAACUUGUGUACGUAAUUAAAUUUGUGGAGUAUGAAGACUUUCUCCUACGAACACAAAGCACAGAUGAUAAUAUUUACAAUAGUAUAGUUGAGAAGCAUUCCUUCUGCAACUUUACAAAAAAGACAUCAUUUGAUAAAUUGCCCUGUGCAAGUAAUGCUGACAAAUUUGACCCACAUGAAAAUUAUUACAUCCUCUUUAAUGCGAAUACUGCGACUGUUGACGAAAACAGCAUUUUGGAAAACUCCAAGGAGACCAUCCAGUUUUAUUACGAUUUCAUUGUCAAUUACUGCACCAAUUAUUUCUCUGCACAUUUUGUGAAGUGA